AAAAUGUGCCCAAACCGCAACGAAGGGGAAGCAUCAAAAGCUGGCGGGUGUAUUUCUCAUGAUUCUAAUGCUGUAAACAAUCAUCCAAAAAAUCUUGAAGAGGAAAUUAAUAAAAAUAUACAAACUAGUAAAGCAGAAAAGUCAAAAGGAAAAGAUGCUAGUCAGAAAAGGAAAAUUGCAAAAAAUUUGGCAAAACGAAAGUCUUCAGGUGGAAAGGUAAAAUCAAAGGACCAUUCAUAUUUAGCUAUUACAAAAGCAUUGAAUGAAGCCAGAAAGCGCAAGAAAGAGAAGAAAGAAGAAUAA